AUGAGUGUUCGGGUGGUCGCACGUAUUCGGCCCUUACUGCAGUCGGAAAUCGAAAAGGAUCAGAUCCUCUCUUCCCACCCAGGCCCCGAUGGCAAUACUUCCAUCGUCAAGAUUCCCAAUCCCAAAAAUUUAGCCGAAGAAUAUAGUUUCCAGUUCAACAAUGUCUACGACCAGGAUUCCACCCAGCAAGAGAUAUUUGAUGCCGAGGUCACCCCGACUGUCAAGCAUCUCUUCCUCGGCUACGAUGUCACCAUAUUCGCCUACGGUUCCACUGGUACUGGGAAAACACACACAAUGCGCGGUGGCAAGUCCUUGCAAGAUAGAGGCAUGAUCCCCCGGCUAUUGAGUAGCAUCUACCGAAAAAGUCGAGCCAUCGAGAAAAGUACCCAGGGCGAAACAACAGUCCAGGUGUCCAUGAGUUACUAUGAAAUCUAUAAUGAUCGUGUUUUCGAUCUUUUUGACGCUCCCGAAAAGCGCACUCCUACAGGUCUUCCCAUCAGAGAAGCGGAAGGCGGAAAGACCGUGGUGGUGGGCUUGACCGAACUCCCAUGCAGCUCCCUCAAGGACUUCGAAGUCCUGUACGACAAGGCAAACAACAAUCGGAGUACCGGUGCCACGAAGCUAAAUGCUCAUUCUUCAAGGUCUCAUGCCAUCUUGUGUGUCAAGGUAUCCGUUUCCAGUCCGACUGAAACACGUGUCAGCACCGCAUGCGCCAUUGACCUCGCUGGUUCUGAAGACAAUCGAAGAACAGGCAAUGGAAAGGAGAGGAUGGUUGAGUCUGCCAGCAUCAACAAGUCCUUGUUUGUCCUAGCUCAAUGUGUCGAAGCCAUCUCCAAGAAACAACCGCGAAUCCCCUACAGAGAGUCCAAAAUGACCCGCAUCCUUUCCCUCGGUCAGAACAAUGGCUUCACCGUCAUGAUCCUCAACCUCGCUCCGGUCAAGGGCUAUCAUCUCGACACCUUAAGCUCCCUCAACUUUGCCAAUCGUACCAAAAAGAUCGAGGUGCGUGAGGUAGAAAAUGAUCCCAUCUUCAAACGACCUGUUUCAGUCGCUCCCGUUGGUGGUCCCACCAUCCAGAGACAGCCGCUGAGGCCACUGACCCAUCACAUCAAUGUCAACUUGAUGCCCAAUCGCGAUCCUAAUGCCGCCAAAGGCGAGAAACCGGCAAAGGCAUUCUCCGUCUUCUCGGAUCGGACCAAGCCAUCAACAGCCCUGUCCACCAAACCUAUCCCCCAGAAAUCUUCCCCAAAACGACAUGCAGAUUCCUCCUUUCUUCAGUCCACUCGUCCCAGCAAAGUGGCCCGCCCGACGCCCAGCUUCAUUCGCCGAGGUCCAGAUCCCAACACGCUGACAAAGGCUUCCAUCGAAACCUUGGUGGAGCAAAAGGUGUCCGAAAUCUUGGCCGCCCGAGCUAUGAACGGCCCAGAUCCGGCUCCCACUAAAACCAUAUCUGAGGAGGUACAACGUCGACUUGAUACCAUUGAGAAGAGACUGGAGGGUCAAGAUGGCGAACGAGCCGAAGGCCUUAGCUACCUCUUCAUGGCCAAACAACAUCAAGCCCGAGGCGAGGAAUUCAGUGCUUUAAAAAUGUAUGAGUUGGCCCAGCCUUAUUUCCCCGACAAUGAAAAGCUGCAAGGAAAGAUCGACAGACUGAAGGAAAAGCUGGCCAAGAGAAGAGAUGCAGCCGAGGCCGCAGCGACCCAGCAACGGGGAGCCUCGCCACGCAAACACGUCAAGAUGGUGACAAUCGACGGCAUUGGAGCCAAUGAGGAUGAAAGCUACCACGAGGAUGGCGUUGAGACCGAUUACCGCAGCGAGGAUGAUGAGGAAGCCUACCGACCACGAGGCAAGAGACAGAAACCGCGACGGAAAGCUCGUCCUUCCUCGCCAGAUCCGCUAACGCAGACGGAGCCCGGGGUGGUUACACCUCGAACACAACAUCUCCUCGACGUCAUCAAUACACGCGAUGUGACCACAAUCAAGUCUUUGAGUGGAUUGGGCUCCAAGCGGGCCGAAGCGAUCGUCGAGUAUCUCAACUCACAACUGGAAACGGAGAGAACCAUGCAGUUGACUUCAUGGAACGAUUUGACCAAGCUCAAAGGCGUUGGCAAAAAGACUCUCGAGUCUAUGAGAGAAGGUGUAAUUGUUUGAAAUAUCAUGUUGCACAUGACUUGUCAUCAGAGGUUUGGUUGGUAAUUCUGCUCCAGACAGUCGGCCACCAGGGGGCGUUUUGUAUUCUUUGUGUACAGUAUUAGAGGAUAUUCUUGUCACGACCAACGUCUGUCAGAGUCGACAGACAACCAAUGAAUGUAUA